ACAAGAAUGACGUCGCCUUUGAUGAUGAGACUAUUAGCGCUGCUGUUCCUGCCACUGGGCCAGGCUGCUCCCAAGGAGGGAGCUUUGAGGAGGCCCGACCCUGAAGAGCAGCAUCAGCCUCUGCCCAACCCCUUCCAGCCCGGCCAGGAGCGGCUCCGGCUCCUGCAGCGCUACCUGAAGGGCCUGGAGCGGAUGGACGAGGAGCCGGAGCACAUGAGCCGCGAGCAGGUCCUCCUCUACCUCGUUGCCCUCCACGACUAUGACCAGAGUGGCCAGCUGGACGGCCUGGAGCUGCUGUCCCUGCUGAUGGCAGCGCUGGCCCCGGGAGCUGCCAACGCCCCGACCCCUGACCCGGUAAUCCUGCUGGUGGACCAGGUGCUGGAGACCCAGGACCUGAACGGGGACGGGCUGAUGACUCCCGCGGAGCUCAUCAACUUCCCAGAAGAGGCUCCGAGGCAUGCAGAACCCCAGGCGCCCCACGCGGAGGGCCAGCAACCCCUUUUCACCGAGAGCCCCCCGGGACAAGGCGUGCAAGAAGCCCAGGUGCCCGAAGAUCAGGCCAGGGGACAGGCAGAAGCCGAAGGAGGGCCCCCGGGCCCAGAAGGGGCAGUGGGGGGCCACCCAGAGGCCGAAGGACCCCCAGGCCUGGAAGGGAGGGCUGGGGGCCACGCAGAGGUUGAAGAACCCCCAAGCCCAGGAGGGGAGACCUGGGACCACGCAGAGGCAGAAGGACCCCCGGGCCCAGAAGGCGGGGCUGGAGGACCCCCAAGCCCGGGAGGAGAGGUUGGGGGCUAUGCAGAGGCCGAAGGACCCCCAAGCCUGGGAGGAAGGCCUGGGGCACAAGAAGAGGCGUUGGACACUAGAGGGGAAGCAGAAGAGCUUCCAGGGGGUGCCCUGGCACCCAAAGGCACCCCGGAAGAGGUUGAGGUGCACGAUAUCCAGGUGGAGAAUGACGAGAUGUGA